GGCAACACUGCUUACUUGUGUCAUUUUCUUUUUCUAGUUUGAGGUUAUGAUCUGUGACGUCAUGGUGACAUAAUUACCUGAAUAAAAACAAUUAAUAUAUUUAAUCCUAUUUCGUGAAAAAUCACCUGGGUUCCCUUGUUCCCACCUGAUUUGCAACAAUGAUCAAAUUUGCAGUGAAAGCAGGCCUGGCCGCUACAGCAGUUUAUUACAUAAAAGAACAAGGGAUAUUCAAGAACAGUGAUGAAGCGAUAGCCAGUGCCCAAAGGCUUAAAACUGCUGUGAAUCCUUACAUUAGCGAAAUCAAGUCACAAAUACCAGUGGAGCUUCCUGAGGUACCACAUACAGAAAAUGUUGGUCAGCUCGCCAAAGAGUACUGGAACUGUGGAGUGAGGGCCACAUUUGCAUUUCUCAUAAAAUUGCCUGAUUAUACAAAAGAAUAUGCUAGCAAAGGGGCGGAAAGUCUUAUGGAAAAUCAAGAAAUUAGGAAUUUUAUUGAGUCGUUUACCAGCGAGAAGCCUGUAGCAAAGUAGACGUGUAUAUUAAAUUUAGUUCAAAUUAAUAAAUUGUGUCACUUUAUGGUUGCUAUUUGAAUGAAAAAUCAAUAAACUGGGUGAAUAUUUUAA